AUGGAGUGUAAUAAAGAAGAGGCCAUUAGGGCCAAAGAUAUUGCACAUAAAAAGAUGGAGAAUAAAGAUUUUAUUGGUGCUCAGAAGUUUGUGAUGAAGGCCCAACAGCUCUAUCCUGCUCUGGAUAACAUUUCUCAGAUGAAUUUGGUUUGUGAUGUGCAUUGUUCCGCUGAGAAUAGGGUUUAUGGGAACGAAAAGGACUGGUAUGGUAUUCUCAAAAUCGAGCAAACUGCUGAUGAGGUGUCAAUCAGAAAGCAGUUUCGCAAAUUGGCUCUCUUACUGCAUCCUGAUAAAAACAGAUUUGCUGGUGCUGCGGAUGCAUUUAAGCUGAUUGGUGAUGCUUUAGCGGUUCUUACAAACAGUGAAAAGCGGAUGCAAUAUGACAAAAAAUGUAAACUUGCCAGAACAUCUCAAGCACCAAAUGUUGGGAGACCACCUUGGGUUCAAAACAACUUUAGGAGCAAUGUUUCUUCACAGUUCAUGAAUCAGCAGCGCCAGCAGCCGCAACAGGAGACUCCACAAGGAUUCUAUAACAAUCAACCGACCCGGAUCUUUUGCCCAUUUUGUUCUCAUUGGAUCCAUUAUUACAAGCGUGCUAUUGACAAGAUUUUAACUUGUCCAACCUGUAGAAAGUCAUUUAAGGAGUAUGAAAUAAAUUCUCCAGACAUGCCACCAGGAGGAGCCAAUAGGAGCCAGCCUGCUUUUCCACAACAGAAAGAGGCCGCUAGCCAGAACCUGUUUAAUAAUGAAUCUGGGAGCUCCAUGGCAUUUCAUAGAAAUGUCAGCAAUGAAAAAGCAGCAUGUGAAACAUUGCCAAAAACUAGAUACACUUCUGAAGGCUGUGAGGGGUCCAAGCCAAAUAAUAAUUUUGUGCACAUUGAUUCCAACAUCAAUAAGCGAGGUCGUACGGAGGUUUCCAAAAGAAAUAGCAAGAAAAGAAAGACAACAUCAGAAUCUACUGAAAGUUGUGACACUCUUGAAGAUGAUGGUGAUAGUCUUACUGGGGACAGUUUUGGAGAUUGUAAUAAUCAGGACCCUCGCAGGUCUACUCGGUGUAAGCAACGUGUUUUCUAUAGUGAGAAUGUAAGCAAUGAUGAUGAAGAGGGUGACGAAACAGUAAAACAACAAGAAAAUUCUUGCGAGGAAAUCCAGAUAAAUGGACAGAAGGAAGCUGCAAAACAAAAUGAAGAAAUUGGUGCACCGGCAGAUGUUAUGAGAAGUUUCAAUAAUCCUGCAACAGAACCAGAAACUUAUGUAUAUCCCGACCCUGAAUUCAGUGAUUUUGACAAGAACACAAAAGAAGAAUGUUUUUCAGUUGGACAAAUUUGGGCAAUUUAUGAUGAGUUGGAUUGCAUGCCAAGAUAUUAUGCUCUGAUUAAGAAGGUUCUAUCUCCGGGUUUCAAGCUACAGAUUACUUGGUUACAACCAGUCCCAGAUAAUAAGGAUGAAAAGAGAUGGGUAGCUGAGGGCUUGCCAGCAUCUUGUGGGAAAUUUGGACUUCUAAGCUCUGAACCCACUAAGAAUCAUCUUAUGUUCUCACAUUUGGUUAACUGGAAAAAUGGUGGCAGAAAAAGCAUUUACAAGAUAUAUCCAAGAAAGGGGGAAACUUGGGCAUUGUUCAAGAACUGGGAUAUUAAUUGGUAUUCUGACCCAGGGAACCAUAAAAGUAAUUUCGAAUUUGAGUUUGUUGAGAUCUUGUCGAACUAUGCCAAUACUACUGGUGUAAAUGUUGCGUUAUUGGGUAAGGUGAAAGGGUUUACUUGUCUUUUUGUUCGAACAAACAUGGAAGGAUUGGUAUCGAUUCCAGCAAAAGAACUAUUCAGAUUCUCUCAUAGGAUUCCUUCGUUUCAAAUGACCGGGAAGGAAGGACCAAAUGUUCCCAAAGGAUCAUUUGAACUUGACCCCGCUUCCUUGCCUGCCAAUCUUAGUGAAGUUGUGGAGUCUGAACCUACUGAGGCCGGAAAGAUGUACACUACUGCUUCUUCUAAAUUUUUGGCAGAUGUGGAUCCGAAGGUGAAGUUUGAGAAAAACGCUCCCAAAGAGAAACUGAAAGGGAAGUUUCAGGGAAAUGCAUUGGCAGCAGGUUUGACAGAACCAAGCGGCAAGUCCAAAGAGACAACAUUUCUAAAUUCUGCUGUAGGGCAACAAGACAAGAAUGUGCGACUAACUCCCAGUUACAACGUCGAACCAGUUUCGAACCCAGAAGCUUUUGAAAUUCCCGAGCCAGAGUUUUACAACUUUGACGUAGAGAAAUCCAUCGAGAAGUUUCAGGUUGGUCAGAUAUGGGCUAUUUACAGUGAUGAGGAUGCCUUACCAAAGUACUAUGGUAGGAUUCAAAAGAUUGAUACCGUCCCGGAGGUUACUUUUCAUGUAGCAUGGCUUUAUCACUGUCUGGCAUCAAGGGACACAAUAAGAUGGGUGGAUAAAAACAUUCCAAUAUGUUGUGGGAAGUUUAUGGUCAAGAGAAAAACUCACAAAAUAGUUGGCUCUCUUUCCUUUUCUCAUCAAUUGACAGUAGAACCUGUUGGUAAGAAGGAUGUGGUCGCCAUACUUCCUCGAAAAGGCGAGAUAUGGGCUUUAUAUAAGAACUGGAAUAAAGAAAUGAAACAUUCGGAAUUGAAGAACUGUGAAUACGAUAUUGUUGAAAUUGCGGAAGUAAAUGAUGAAUGGACAUUAGGGUUUUUGGGAGCUCGAUCCAGCAGCUGUGCCACAAUGUUUACUGUGUUCGAGUUGAUGUCUUGCACAAUUUUGUUUCAAGUCACUAGUCGCCAAUGUUGCUGUAUGGCAUUCUAUUCUGAUGGGGAUCUUGCAAUGCUUAUGGGAUGUAAAGGCUAA